AUGUUUAUUCCCGCCCACCGCUUCUGAGAACUUGAGUGGAAACCAGAGUGCCUCCAGUCAGAGAAGUGCAUCCCACCUUCCCACCCCUAUCCGACGGGCACCAUGUGGUUCAUCCCCGAUGGCUGUGGCAUUUUCUGUGCCAUUGUCACCUGGUUUCUGGUCUUCUACACGGAGUUCGUGGUCCUCUUCGUCAUGCUGAUUCCAUCCGGGGACUACAUGUACAGCGCCAUUAACGGAAUCGUGUUCAGCCUGCUGGCCUUCUUGGCCCUGGCUUCCCACUGCCGGGCCAUGUUGACCGACCCUGGGGCUGUGCCCAAAGGAAAUGCCACUAAAGAAUUCAUCGAGAGUUUACAGAUGAAGUCCGGUCAGGUGCUGUACAACUGUCCCAAAUGCUGCAGCAUCAAGCCCGACGGAGCCCACCACUGCAAGGUUUGUAAGCGGUGCAUUCGGAAGAUGGACCACCAUUGUCCCUGGAUCAACAACUGUGUCGGCGAGAAGAACCAGAAGUACUUCGUCCUUUUUACAAUGUAUGUAGCUCUCAUUUCCUUGCACACCCUCAUCUUGGUGGGAUUCCACUUCCUGCGUUGCUUUGAAGAAGACUGCAGCUCCUCCUCGCCCACAACGAUGACCCUCCUCAUCCUCCUCGGCUUGAAGGGACUGCUCUUCCUCAUUUUCACAUCGGCUAUGUUCGGGACCCAGAUGCUCUCCAUCUGCACAGAUGAGACAAGAAUAGAACAACUGAAAAAGGAAGACAGAAGAUGGGUCAAGAAAACAACAUGGGUGAACCUGAAAGCCGUUUUUGGCCACCCCUUCUCUCUAGGCUGGGCCAGCCCCUUUGUCAUGCCAGACCAAGGGAAGGCAGACCCGUACCAGCAUAUAAUCUGAAAGACCCUGACCAGCAUUGCCACUCAGACACAAACCACAUCCCAGCACUACCCUUGGAUUGGGUCUUAUGAAUGUCCAAACCGAAAAACCAACACAACAACUCUAAAUAAAACAUUUUUUGUUUAAUGUCUCAAGUAAAAUGGCAGAA